GUUCAAACGUCUCCACUCUUAGAAAAUCCAUCAAUUCAUAUACCCAACUUCUCCAUCAAAUUUAGCUCCCUUUUUUCUUUUACAAUUCCUUCUUUGAAAAUGGAUUAUGGUUUUAAUUUGGAUUAUAACUCACUCAUCAAUGAGCUAACUCAAGGUAUGGAACACACUAAGAAGCUUAAAGCUUACUUCAACUCUGUAACUUCCACUUCUGAAGCGACUCCACAGUUGCUUUUGCAGAAGAUUCUUUCUUCUUAUGAGCAAUCUCUGUUACUUCUCAAAUGGAGUGGAUCAGCUGUUCAAUCUCCACAGCCUCUACCACCAACAAGUGAUGACAUGAACAAAAGGUGUUUCAAUGAUCAGUCGGAGCUCAUAGAUAUUUCGAAAAGGAGCAAAAAAUCACAGCCCACGAGGACUGGACAAGUCAGGUUCAUCACAAAGGGUGGAUCUGAAGGCUCUCUUGAUGAUGGAUACAACUGGAGAAAGUACGGACAGAGAUGUAUUCUUGGAGCUAAAUUUCCUAGAAGCUACUACAGAUGUAAAUAUUGGAUCUUGCAAGGUUGUUUGGCAAAUAAACAAGUACAAAGGUCAGAUGAUAAUCCUUCUGCGUUUGAGAUCACAUACAAAGGCUUCCAUACCUGUCACCAAGUUACUAAUUCUGCAUUACGACCAACAUCAGUAGAGAAACAAGUCUACCAUCCAACAAAGCAAUCAAAUGAAGUGCUCAUGAACUUGAGAGUCAAUACUAAUAAUUUGGACGACAAUAGGACAUCAAGGGCUUUCACCAUCUUUGGUCUCUCAGAGAAAUCAAAAUUUUCAGAUUCUCAUGAUGACAAUCUAAUAGGUGGAUAUUCACCAUCUUUCGUCUCUCCUACAACCACUGAAUCAACUUACUUCCCAGUCUCUUGCCAGAUGACUGGCUUUGGAAUAGUUCACAACUUGCAACAUUCAGAAUCAUACCUCAGUGAUAUUGGAAUAGUUCAGAACCUGCACCAUUCAGACUCAGACCGCACUGACAUAUUCUCAACCAACACUUCCACAACAAGUUCGUCAACUAGGGGUAUAGAUGUCAAAUGGGCAGAAUUUCGACAGGAUAACAUGUUUGAUAGAGAAAAGAAGAAGAAGAGGAAAAGAAGAGGAGGAAGAAAGGAUCACACGAUCUGAAGUUGUCAAAAUUAGGGUAUAGGUUAAAUAAUUUUUAAAAUAUGGGUAUAAGUUAAAUGGGGGCGCCCUAUUAAUUUUUACGGUUAGUCCAAGAACCGCACAAUUGAAU